UAUCUAAAGGGCAUAUUCCCUGGUGGACUCUAGUCAAGUCUCCACGUUUCUGAUUUCAAUUCUUCUUAUAGUCUAUGGCAGUUUCAGGUCUCUUAAUAUGGACUUUGAAAAUCAAGACAAGGAGAAGGACAGCGGUAGCUCUCCAGGAACGUUUAGUGGGAACAGCACCAAUAAUAGUAUCCAGACUAUUGACUCCACUCAGGCAUUGUUCCUUCCUAUUGGAGCCUCAGUGUCUCUUCUGGUUAUGUUUUUCUUCUUUGACUCAGUUCAGGUGGUGUUCACUAUUUGCACUGCAGUUCUUGCAACAAUAGCUUUUGCUUUUCUGUUGCUCCCUAUGUGCCAGUAUUUAACCCGACCCUGCUCUCCUCAGAACAAGAUAUCAUUUGGGUGCUGCGGUCGGUUUACAGUUGCAGAACUGCUCUCCUUUUCACUCUCUGUAAUGCUAGUUCUUAUUUGGGUGCUGACAGGCCACUGGCUGCUCAUGGAUGCCCUUGCCAUGGGACUCUGUGUGGCAAUGAUUGCCUUUGUGCGCCUGCCUAGCCUGAAGGUGUCCUGUCUGCUCCUUUCAGGGUUGCUCAUAUAUGAUGUAUUUUGGGUGUUCUUCUCUGCCUAUAUAUUUAAUAGCAACGUGAUGGUCAAAGUGGCAACUCAGCCUGCUGACAAUCCUCUGGAUGUAUUAUCUAGGAAGCUUCACCUUGGUCCCAAUGUUGGAAGGGAUGUACCUCGGUUAUCACUGCCAGGGAAACUAGUAUUCCCUAGUUCCACAGGGAGCCACUUCUCUAUGCUUGGGAUCGGAGACAUUGUGAUGCCAGGUCUACUUCUGUGCUUCGUUCUGCGUUAUGAUAAUUACAAAAAACAGGCAACCACUGACUCUUUGUGGUGCACCAGGGGCUGCCAAUAUUUCUGGGCGAAUGCAGAAGGUCUCCUACUUCCAUUGCACACUUAUUGGGUACUUUGUGGGACUGUUAACGGCAACAGUGGCUUCGCGCAUUCACAGGGCAGCCCAGCCUGCUUUGCUGUAUUUGGUUCCAUUUACUUUAUUACCGCUUCUCACUAUGGCCUAUUUAAAGGGUGACUUGCGGCGAAUGUGGUCAGAACCUUUCCAUACCAAGGCCAGCAGCUCACGCUUCCUUGAGGUAUGA